AUGAGCGCACGAUGGAUGUUAACCUUCACAAUUCGUUGCGAACAGUUGGGAGUCGUUGUUGCAUUAUUUUCAAACACAAUGCUUUUCUACUUGCUCACUUUUAAGGCCAACACUUCUUAUGGCGCCUAUCGCCGUUUGAUGUUUUCUUAUACAAUUGUUGAACUCAUGUAUUCAGUUAUAAGUGUAAUGUCAGGAAUGAUGGCGCAUAGUACGGAAACAUCAUUUGUUGUCUUUGAUCUGUAUGAAGGAUAUGUUAGCCGCUAUCUUGCACCAAUUUUUCUCAUCGAUUUCUGCGCGUUUUACUUCACCUUGAUUCUCCUUCUGGUCGUUCAUUUCAUCUAUCGCUAUGUUGUUGUUUGCGACUUUAAAAAAAUGGAGUAUUUCAACGGAGGGUAUUUAAUGUUUUGGGUAUUUGGGUCAGCAGCUUGUGGGGUAUCAAUGUGCAUACUUAAAUUCUUCGCAUUCCCCGAGACCGAACGCCGAUCAAUCGAGCUUAGCGAGGAGUUCUCUCUAUACUAUAACUUGACAAUGGACCAAGUUGUAUAUAAUGGACCAAAUUAUUACAUUUGUAAUGAAAAUGAUGAAUGUGAGAUGCCAUUGAAGGACUGGACUGCAAUGAUGAUUCUAAGUAAUGGAUUGAUUUUCUCAAUCGUCAUAAUGUUGUACUGUGGAUACCGUUGUUGUGUGAAACUGAAUAAGAAUGAUAAGCAGACAAGCUGCCGAACUGUUGAUCUUCAAAAACAGUUGAUGAUUGCUUUAAUUAUUCAAUCUGUCAUCCCAAUAAUCUUCAUGUACAUUCCAAUACUUUUGCUCUUCAUUACCCCAAUGUUCAAGAUUGGGUUGGGACCAUAUGUUAAUAUUGCCAUGGCAACACUUUCAAUCUAUCCUCCAAUUGAUCAGUUCGCAAUCAUCUACGUCAUCAAAGAUUUUAGAAUUGGUGUGAAAGAUUUUUUCAAAUGUGGAAAAAAAUCAGACAAUACGUCCUCUUCAACAAUCUUCACUACAAGAUUAAGCCUUACCAAAUCGCAUUUAUCGUUAUAG